AUUCGAGAGGGUAUGACCGUAUUAAGCUGUCAGCCGAAUAUUGUAGGCGAGGAGAAGGCAUUUGCGUCUUGGGUGUUUUCGGCAUUGGGUAGAUCGAGAUUUUUAGAUGAGAAGCAUUUGGAUGCAGUCACCGGACUUUCAGGAAGUGGACCUGCUUUUGCUUGUGUUGUAUUGGAAGCUUUAGCCGAUGGAGGAGUAAUGAUGGGACUUCCUCGUGACGUUGCAUUAGAAUUAGCAGCACAAGCUUUACAAGGAGCUGCACGAAUGGUAUUACAAACAGAAAAACAUCCAGCCGAAAUCAAAGAUAGCGUGACUACACCAGCUGGAUGUACCAUCGCCGGGUUACUCACCAUGGAAGACGGAAAGAUUAGAUCUACAUUGGCAAGAACUGUUCAGGAAGCUACUAAAGUUGCAUCAACUUUGGGAAAUGUUCAAGCAAAAUAG